AUGGAUAGAGCUUUUGAGCUUGCUGAAGAGGCAUUAAUUAAUGGUGAAGUGCCUGUAGGUUGCGUAUUUGUGUAUGACGGACAGAUAAUUGCCUAUGGCAGGAAUGAGACGAAUGUUUGUGGUGACGCCACUCAGCAUGCUGAGAUCGUGGCGAUAAAGCAGCUUGAAAAGUGGUGUGCAAAUAAUGGAUUUAGUUUGGAAGCCGUGUUACCUAAAUCUGUGCUUUAUGUGACCGUGGAACCAUGCAUAAUGUGUGCAGCUGCUCUCCGGUUCGCCCUUCCAGCUCAGCCAAAACGUGUCAUUUACUCUUCCCGAAAUGAGCGCUUCGGUGGUUGUGGGUCUGUGAUGAAUGUCAAUCGUGACGACUCUUUGCGAUCUCCCCUGUCUUGCGAAUUCGUUGAAAAUUCGGACAGAUCAGUCACUUUGCUGAAGAAAUUCUUUGAACAGGAGAAUUCGAAUGCACCUGAUGAGAAACGUAUUAAGAAGACGCAUUUUCACCGCUAA